CAGCCCCAACAUAGGACUCGAGAUCAGAGUAGGCACCCGGUGCCUACCCAGAAACCUUGCUUUUGAGUAUUUCUAAGUCUGAUGGAAGUGAUCCUCACUAGCUGUGACUAAGGGUUUGUUCAAAGCAAAACAAAAAGUUGAAUUUGGAAGUUACAGUUUUAGAAAAGAGACAGAUGAACGAACAUUCACCUUGGCUGAAGGGCUGUCUUCAGACCCUGUCAGAAUCCAGAGGUAGCCUGCCUGCCUCUGGUUCUGGCCCUUGCCUGGCUCUCCUAUUUGCAACCCAUAGACCCACACAGCAGGCAUAGCCCCUUCUGAGAGGCAAAUUGUUGAGAUUUUACUUGUUGGGUUUUUUGUUUUGUUUUGUUUUCAAUUUAGUGGGCAUAUAUAGACAUGUGCGUAAUUUCCUCCGUGUGGCACUUUCAGAUCAAACAGGUUUUCAGGCUUGGCAGCAAGUGCAUUUACUGACUUAACAGCUCACCAGUCCAAGAGUUGCUUUUGAUAAGGUUUGGGGAGAGUCAUAGUCUCCUUUUGAAUGGUCGUAAUAAUGUGUGUGUAUGAUACAUGGGAGUAGAGACAAGCACUAAUAUUUGCUGUGGGUUCCAGGGACUGGUGCUGUCAGAGAGACACACUGGGGAUUCUGGCCAAUGCUAACUAGAGAAGGCAGCUUUACUCAUGAAGCCUUGAGGAACAUCUGCUAGAGGCCGUGUGACAAAUCUGUGGAAAAGCACUGGACAGUGGAGUCUGAUAACUCGAGUGUGGCUGUGGUAGCAGGAGUGUUGACGGUCGUGAGGAUAGUCCGAGAGGCCUAGGCUCAGCAAGACCUGACCAUCUUCAUCCUGAACCGCCAGCCUGUAAAUCGAGCACUUGGAGGAAGCUCAUCACACCAGGUCACCUCUGAAGAGGACACAGUGGUAUCUUCUGCAUGACAGAACAGCCUUGGCAGAGCUUUUGUGCAGGGCCUGGUGUGGUCCGAGCACAGCGAGGGGAUGUGGAGGUGGAGAGAAUUCGCUGGGUGCAUACCAGUGUGGGCACAUUGUCUUCCUGCAGUUCAGGGAAUCCAGUUUUCUCAAUCUAAUUAAGAAAGCCUUUCUCGAACACCACCAUUCAUUAGCAUUUAGAAUAGGGCAAGCCCUUGUGUCCAGGCCAGCUUUGUGGAGUCACUUGAGUGGCCCUUACUGAGAGAGGCUGUUUUCAAGUUGAGGAAAUCGAGUCUACCUCUCUUAUUGAUAACGAUGCUUUCAAAACACCCACCACCACCAUUGCAGUGUCUAGCGGUGGGGAGAUGAAAGAAGGACCCUCUGGGGGAUGGGGAUCACCACCCGUAGCUACUCCAAAAUCAGUCAUAAAAUUAGAGAAGAGUGGUGGCACACACCUAUGAGCAUUACACUAUAAAGUAAAACCGUAGACUAGUUUGAAGCUAGCCUGGGCUACAUUGAGAUCCUAUUUAGGAAAAAAAAAGUUUGCUAUAAAAACUUGGCGAAGAGGGCUGGAGAGAUGGCUCAGUGGUUAAGAGCACUGACUGCUCUUCCAGAGGUCCUGAGUUCAAUUCCCAGCAACCACAUGGUGGUUCACAGCCAUCUGUAAUGAGAUCUGGUACCGGUCAUACAGAUAUACAUGCAGAACAUUGUGUAUGCAAUAAAGAAACUUGUGGAAGAAAGAGGUGCUGUCCCAGUUGCUUGGGGACUCGUCACCAUUACCAGGAAAGUAAGUGUCUGUGUCUGCAGGCGUGGCUCAGCCUCCAGAAGUUACCAUGAGGGUUGUCUCAGGCUUGUGGUUAGACCUCAGUAACCAGCCAUGUGCAUUCUUGGGUAAACCACCUCCCUGCGCUCAGGUCUGCCUGUAGAUGGGUUAACUGCCCCCCCCCCCAAAAAAAGAAAAAAACCAACCUCUUCUAGGCCCAAGCAUCAGCUGUAUUCGUAUUCAAUUUUGUCAUGAAAGACUCCAGGUAUUCAGGAGAGGGCCUGGAAUUUUUCCCUAAAAACCAGUCCAACCUACAUAGAAACUAAAGAUACCCCCAGAUUCUAAAGACACCCCAUAUUCACCCUCAGGGCAGUCCCCUUGCCUUGGCUAUGUUUGAGGCUCCCUCCUACUCCACACUCCAAGACAGGCUGGGGCCACAUAGCCCCGCCCCACCCUGCCCUUGCUGGUUCCGGUUCCAGAAUCAAAUCUGAGCUGCUGUAGCUUGCAUUCCCCGCCCUCUGAGAAGACCGUGGGCUGAGGGGCCACGACAGCCUGUCCCACGUAGCAUUUACUGCCACAGCCCCAAGGCACCUGCUCCAGGCCUUGAGCUGCAUAAAGCUUCCAGCAACUGGGAGAAGCCCACCGCCUGGCAGAGCUAGACUUCACACUGAGCAGCUGCAGUCGGGAGAAACCAGAGAAAGCGCCACCCAGCCCCAGAUUCCAAGAGGCCUGCUGGGGACUCCCUUCUCUUCCUCCUCCUUCUCCUCUCCCUCUUCCUCCUCCUCCUGAGACCCCAAAGCCACUGUCUCACACCACUUCCUGAGCCGCAAUGGAGCUCCCAGCCACCGCCCCCUGGCUGUCCUCUACCCUGACAAGCAGAUAGGGCGGCCGGUAGCUACCCCAGGAGUACCUGCCCCCUCUCAGCCUGGGGCAGCCCUUCCUGGACUUGGUGGCCACCUUUGCUGACCUGAGGCCAUGUAGGCCCUGGCUCAGGCUUCCGGAUACACUGCUGGGGACAGUGCCUCUGCUCUCAGGGGGCACCCAGUGCACCAUCAUGCCCUGGGGACUCGCCUGGUUAUACUGUCUUGGGAUCCUACUUGACGUGGCUUUGGGAAACGAGAAUUUGGAGAUAUGGACUCUGGCCCAAGAUAAAGAAUGUGAUCUUACAGGCUACCUUCGGGGCAAGCUGCAGUACAAGAACCGGCUUCAGUACAUGAAACAUUACUUCCCCAUCAACUACAGGAUUGCUGUGCCUUAUGAGGGGGUACUCAGAGUGGCCAACAUCACGAGGCUGCAGAAGGCCCAUGUGAGUGAGCGAGAGCUGCGGUACCUGUGGGUCUUGGUGAGCCUCAACGCCACUGAGUCUGUGCUGGAUGUGCUGCUGGAGGGACACCCAUCCUGGAAGUAUCUACAGGAGGUUCAGACAUUGCUGGAGAAUGUUCAGCGGAGCCUCAUGGAUGUGGAGAUUGGCCCUCACGUGGAAGCUGUGUUAUCUCUUCUGAGUACCCCUGGCCUAAGCCUGAAGCUGGUGCGGCCCAAAGCCUUGUUGGAUAACUGCUUCCGGGUCAUGGAGCUGCUGUACUGCUCUUGCUGUAAGGAGCUUCCGGUGGGCGGGGCCGGCAACUGUAGCAGUUCUUGCUGUAAGGGGCUUCUGGUAGGCGGGGCUAGCAACUGAAGGACAAGGGAUCUGGGUCCAGGCAAACAAAGUCCCAUCUUAAAAUGGCAGGACUGUGAGCUGCCCAGGCUCCAUCCCCACAGUCCAGAGUCCUUGAUGCAAUGUGCAGCUACCAACGUGUACCCUUUGCCUCGGCAGCCCCCCACCUCCCUGCCCAGGUCCCCAAGUUCAAACCAUGGCCCGUUGCCCUGA